AUGCCCAUCAGUGUUGAUGAUGUCAUGCAACUGUUCUGCCACCUCUCUCAGAAGAAGAGGAUGAAAGCUGCUGUCAAACACUCUGGUCAGGAGAAGGGGAUGACAACUGCUAUCAAACGCGCUGCUCUAGGAGCAGUGCUAGUAAGUGCAGGAGCAAUUUGUGGAGGUCUGGUGGGAGGUCCGUCUGGAAUUGCUUUAGGAGGAGCAUUCGGUGGAUUGCUUGGUGCCUGGGUGACUACUGCACCAAGUUUCAGGCCAGUCCCUCAGAUUUUG